AGCAAGUGUUAGGCGCGAAGGCAGUACCAGAGGGAAUUUCAGACAUAACUGUAACAGUUCUACGCAACCUUGAAAGUACUGUAACUAGUUCGUCAUCUGUAAAAAUAGCCAUCAUGUAUUUUGUUCUCUAGGCUACAUUCCCAUAUUUUCCAGAACAGACGUUUAGUAAAAACAUACCACGACUGUUACUGAAUAGUUAAAUUACAGAAAAGACAGACGUCUAAACGAACGUAUUUUGUUAUUUUUAAUAUAGGUGAAUUUUUUUUUAUAAGCAAGCAAGAUGGACAAAUUCAUUUUCUGGGCUGUUUUUACCAUGGCAACCGUUGGUUCAGCGCGCUCGAGUUGCCCUACGGUGUGCACGUGCCCCGCAGCGCCCGUGGGCUGCCCCCCCGGGGUGAGCGCCGUGCCGGACGGGUGCGGCUGCUGCAAGGUGUGCGCCGCCCAGCUGAACGAGGACUGCGACGCCGCUCGCCCCUGCGACCACCACAAGGGGCUGCAGUGUAACCACGGAAACGACGUGGCCCGCACCAGGGGCGUGUGCAGAGCGAGGCUGGAGGGCCGUAGUUGUGAGUACAGCGGGAGAAUGUUCCAGAACGGCGAGAGUUUCCCCGCCGGCUGCAAACACCUGUGCACCUGCGUCGACGGAGCCGUGGGCUGCCAGCCUCUCUGCCCCGUGCAGGUGCCCCUGGCCACGCCCUCCUGCCCCGCCCCCCGCCUCGCCAAGGUGCCGGGGCAGUGCUGCCCCAGGGUGCACUGCCACAAGGGGGCGCCGGCGCCGUCUCCCACACGCCCGCGCGCGAGUCCGUUUGCGUUCCCCUACCCCUACAAACCCCACAAGAGCCUCAGCAACGAGCUCCUGGAGGCGGGAAAGAAGUGGGAUAAGAUGAGCCGGUACAAGCACCUGGCAGCGUGGAGGCAGGUCGGGGUUCAGUGCGUCGUCCAGACGACCAGCUGGUCUCCCUGCUCGCGCAGCUGCGGGAUGGGCGUGUCCUCGCGCGUCUCCAACGACAACGGCCAGUGCAAGCUGACCAAAGAGACGCGGCUGUGCAACAUACGACCGUGCAGCUCCCUGCAGCCCCUCCCCCUCAAGAAAGGGAAGAAGUGCUCCCGCAUGCACAAGGCCCCGGAGCCGCUGCGCCUGUCCCACGCCGGUUGCCGUAGCGCCCGGCUGUACCGGCCCAGCUACUGCGGGGUGUGCGUGGACGGGCGCUGCUGCUCCCCCCGGCGCACCCGCACCGUCGCCGUGACGUUCGGUUGCCCCGGCGGCGAGCGCUUCCGGAAGGCCGUCAUGUUCGUGCGGUCCUGCCGGUGCGGGGGCGAGUGCUCGCACCUCAACGAGGCGGCGCUGCCCCCCCAGCGCUGGCUCCACGGGGACACGCACAAGUUCGCCGACUAAAGCCCUCCCCCAACCCCCUCUACAACCCAGCAAACCCCCACCCCCCUUCCUCAAGUCACCCGUCUAGAUUUGGGCCUGUCUCUCCAGAGUGGACCCCAUGGGAGGUUCGAUUCGGAGAGGAGAAGGGAGUGGACCAGCCGUUGGCCUAGAACAGAUCCGACUCGUGAAAGGCGUGGAUUCUGAAAAAGUUGUUUAGACGGGAAUGGGCUUCCUCAGUCCGUAUGGACACACAGUCUAUGAGCUGCACUGCUUUCAUUACCCUCCUUGCGCCUCCCCCCCGCCCCUCCCUCCCCCCCCCCCACAGUUGGGACGGUUACGGUUGCAGGUGGACUGACUGAAUCUCUCAGUUUAUGGAGAAGCACAAAACAAAGACUCCAAACAGACAGCAGUUUGGGGAACACAACAAGAAAAAAUGGCGCGUUUGGCAAGAGAAUUGCAUCAGUUGGAAAGUGACCCAAAUAUCUGGCCUGAAAAGAUGAAGACUGUUAUUUUUUUGGUGUUAACAGGAUACCUUACGGUACUGAAGGAGGCUGCACAGGCCUGGAAGCGGACAGUAUUUGAACAGAGACGAAAGGCCAAAGGGCGCCUUGCGUUCACCUUUCUUUGGACCUUCGGUUGCUUUAUUUACGGCACUGUAUUUAUUGGUGAAACUUUUUAAGGGCCUGCCAGCGAGCUCCUGAGCUGGGGACUCUGUGGACGCGGGAGCGUUUGGAAACGCUGGAGGCAAUGCCCGGGUCCCUCCCAGAGGCCGGGAGGAUCGCUUUACUGCGGCACCAUAAUGCACUGCAGCACUGGGACCGGCUUCCACAGAUCUCACCAGUUAUAAUCUCCAGAGUUUAGAAGAGGCAAGACUGAACAGCACAGUUGGACAAGAGGGACUCAAUGGGGAUUCCCAUUAGAAAUCUGGUCUGGGGGGCGGGGGGGGGGGGGGGGGGGGGGGUUGCGACAUUAACUCACUGGCGCUGAAUCCAACCGCAGUCACGCCAUCGAGGGCUGGAGGAGAACGGGGGGAAAACCCGCCGAAGCUGACUCAUCAGGCUGGAAUUAAAGUAAACGUGUAAUUUGGGACCGACUUGUCGGGUCCGUUCCGGACUCGAUCCAGCCUGUAAUCGAGAAAACCGCUCGGCAGGAACGCGCACGCGAGGUGACCGCACCUCCUCACGCGUUCGUUUUGUGUUUCUGCUCUUCGGUUCAUCGCCCAAACGCGGGAGCGCCCCGGGGAACAGUCGGGCGUUAGCGUUAGCGACUGGGCGGGCGAGGGCGGCCGGUCUCCGCGCUGGGAAGCGGGGUGGU